GUAAGCAUUGUACUAUGUCUGGACGUGGCAAGCAAGGCGGCAAAGCUCGCGCCAAGGCUAAGACCCGCUCCUCGCGGGCCGGCCUCCAGUUUCCCGUGGGCCGAGUGCACCGCCUGCUCCGCAAAGGUAACUACGCCGAGCGGGUCGGGGCCGGCGCGCCGGUGUAUCUGGCCGCGGUACUGGAGUACCUGACGGCCGAGAUCCUGGAGCUGGCGGGCAACGCGGCCCGCGACAAUAAGAAGACGCGCAUCAUCCCGCGCCACCUGCAGCUGGCCAUCCGUAACGACGAAGAGCUCAACAAGCUGCUAGGCAAAGUCACCAUCGCUCAGGGCGGCGUCCUGCCCAACAUCCAGGCCGUGCUGCUGCCCAAGAAGACUGAGAGCCACCACAAGGCCAAGGGCAAGUAAGGUCUGAAUUAAUACUCUAAUCUCUAAGAACAAAGGCUCUUUUCAGAGCCAC